UCACAAAUUGUACGCCCCCGCAUUGUUGCUUAAACAGGAAAAAGAUGGCUGCAAGCAAAAAGAUAAAAAUAUACUGUGGCUUGACUAUUGAAAAAUAGAAAAAAUAAAGUUUAGUUACCUUAAAAGGAGAGAACUCAAAACAAAGCUAUGAAUUAAAUAACAUUUUAACAGUGCCUCCUAAUGAACUCAAAUCCUAUUUGAGGCUAUUUCAAGGCUCAAACAGAAGUUCUGCUAAUUGAAGACUCCUUACAAAGUAAAAGGAUUCAGUUUACACUAGCUGGUGGCAAAUACAAACCUGAACUGUCAAUAUUUAACAAUCCAGACAAUUUCAGAAUCCAAGAGGAUCUACCAGGGGAUUAAGUUCAUUGUAGGAUUAGCAAACAGAUGUAGUGCUUCAAGGCCAGAGAUUUCAUUCUUGCUCAAGGAGAACAAUUACAAAUGGCAGUCUCGUGGUUGCGGAGGAAAAUUAAUGAUCAUUUUUGGUCUCAUGCGUCUGCUUUCUCAUUCUCUAAUGAAUCCUCGACUAGCAAAAUAUUCCAAAGGACAGUUAUGUUGCAUAGAAAGUUUGAGCUCAUUCAUGGUUACAUGUAAAAACAAAAUUUAUAACCAUUAUCUGUCUCCACUUAUAAACACACACAGGACACACUGGAUGAAGCUAAUGCUCUCCUCAAUGAGUUAGAAGCCAGAGACUCAAGAGCACCAAAUCCUUCACUUACAACAACCUCAACUACCUCCUCCUCUUCCUCCUUUAAAUCCUCCAGAGAGAGUGGCAAUACACCAGGAGGCAAUAUUGAAGGAUAAUGAUGACCCACUCCCUCGUAUAGCAUUUAACUACAUUUACUAGUUAAUCUCAAUAUGCUAGUACAAAAUGACUUUAUAUAGUAUAAAUUAUUUUAAUUAACUCGAUACUUAUACUGGUAUAUGUUGUUAGAGUAGGUUUCCCUGCUCUUGAUAUUACUGAUACAAAUUCAUUUUGCAUGUGACUGUGUGUUAUACCCUGUAUAUGUUUAUUCUAUCAAGGUUGUUUUUAAAAGUAUCUUAGUCAUUGCAAGUUUUGAAGCCAUUCUGUUUAGACUGUUGUCCGUGUAUGUACAUAGAAGUGCCUUGUGCUAAUUUGUUUAUGGCUGAGUAUUUCUUUGCAUAGUGUUGAUUGUAAUAAGAUCUUAUAGUGUUCAUUUUUAUGUCAUCUCUCUUUUAUAUUAUUGUGGUGUAUAUAAUUGGUCUUUCUAGUGUUAUAAUGGGAACUUGUUAAAAUUUAAAACCAAUUUGAUGCUUUCUAUUUGUCUGGGCACUUUGGGAUAAAAGUUUGUAUAUAUAGAUCUACAGGAGUCUCCUUUAUGGUUGGGAAUGUAAGUGGUACACUACAUGUGAUGCACUUUAAUGAGAGGCUGUAUUCUGUUGCUUAAUUAAUUGUAUGUACAUCAUGCAUGGCAUGAUGGUUGCAUGUCAUCUCUAACUGUGUUGUGUUAUUUAUUUCUCUUGACCAAUGUUCCUGGUUGUCAUGAUAUUUUUGUUGCAAUGGUUCAUCCACAGUUCUACUUCUACCAUUAGUCUGCUCUACCUGCAUUUGUCUGGCUUCAGUUUGUUAUUUAAGUCCUAGCAACUCACUGCUCUUGACAGUCUAAGUUAUUAGACACUAUAAGUUAUUGUGCCUAUAGGAGAGAGAAAUUAUGUUGAAGGGACUGGCAUUUAUUGCUGCAGUCCUCGUUACUUUGACUUACAAUGAAGUGAAGUCCCAAACUACUGUUACCAUAACUGGCCCUGCGAUUGUGACAAAGAAUUUUGGAGACAGUGUGACAUUUGAAUGUAUUGCAACUGGUUUAAUACAAAGCUUAAGUGUCCAUUAUGCCAUUGGUUUUUAUAAUGAAGCAGGAGUUAAUGUUGGUGGACAGGAGCUUAAUAAUAAUGUAGCUACUCUCAGUAGAUCACUCACUAUUAAUAAUAUUGGUAGAGGUGAUGUUGGUAAAUACACUUGCAGGCUUACUAUUGAUGUCCUCAAUCCACCUUCUACUUCGAAAACUGACACUGUAACAUUACAAGUGUCACCUGAAAAUAACGUAACUGUUGAUCGAGCACCUGCUGUUUCAGUAAAAAGUGGAGAUAAUCUCACAUUGACUUGUUCUACUCCUGCUGGUCCUUCUAAUUCAUUCACCUGGUACUUUUAUGAAGACCCUUGUGAUCCUGAUUUAGCAGCUUUUGAUCCAUGGGCUUUUAUUUCAACUGGUGGUGGUGAUAUGGUGGGCAAUGAAACAGUUUACAUGAUCGAUUCUGUUGAUAAUUCUACUGACGGUUGCUAUAUCUGUAACGUUACAAAUGGAGCUGGCUCUGGAUUUAAUGCAACUACAGUGUACAUUGCUCCAAAUAUCACUCUCCAUCCUGACCCUAUAGUGACAACUGAAAUCAAUGGUAACGUGACUUUAUCUUGUGACGCUGAUGCUAGCCCUUUUCCAACUUUCCAAUGGGAGAAAAAGGACACUAGUGGGGACUUUGUAGAGCUACCAGGAGAGACAAAUAACGAACUUGAGAUCAUCUCAGUCAAAUUUGAGGAUGCAGGGGAAUACCGUUGUGUAGUUACUGCCAAUGGAACGUUGAAUUCUAUUGCAUCUGAUGUUUCUACUGUAUAUGUAUCUCCCGAUGGUUCCGUCAUUAUUGAGCCCUCAUUCCUGAUAGCAGAGUAUGGCUCAAGUCCAUCCUUCACUUGUACAACUAUGGCUGGACCUAAUAAUGCAUUUUACUGGUAUUAUAACAUCUCUGGUGCAGUCUGUAAUGAGGACUGUACUGGAACUGAUGAGAGUUUCAAUGAUUUUCUAUCAAAUAUCAACAGUUCAAUCAACCUGACAUUAGUUGGUACUGAUCCAGUCCUUACUCUUAGUAACAUUGAUUCAUCAGUUGGUGGUACUUAUCAUUGUGUUGUUGUCAAUGAGGCUGGGUUUGAUAUUGAAACUGCUACUCUCUACAUUACUCCAACUAUUGUCACUCAUCCAAUGAGUGUUAAUACUUCUACUGGUUCCUCUGUGAAUAUGUUGUCAUGUGUGGCUGAUUCUUUUCCUGACCCUGAAUAUCGCUGGGAGAGAAGCAGCACUAAUGAAGGACCAUAUACUGAAAUAGCUAAUAGUAAAGGCUCUACUUAUGAUUUGGGUACCAUUGUUUAUACUACUAAUGGAUUCUUUCGUUGUAUUGCAUAUACUAAUAUAUCUAAUAUUAUCAAUGAGACUGCUUCUAAUCCAGCAAUUGUUUCUGUGAGUCCUGCAGGCAGUGUCAUGAUCUUUCCCUUUAGUGCCACAGUCAGUGGUGGUACCAAUGUAACCUUUACAUGCUCUGCUGGAGGAGGACCAGGAAAUACUUUUGCUUGGAGACAUAAUGCUAAUGAAAUCAGUGAUGGAGGACGAUUCAUAAUAGAAUCAACUUCUUCCAGUACACUUACUGUUACUGAUGUAAUUGGAGCAGAUUUUGGUACAUAUAUUUGUCAAGUAUCAAAUCUUGCUGGAAGUGAUACUGCUACUUCAAGAAUUACAACAUCACCUGAGGGAUUCUCAACCAUUAGUCCUGUCAAUAAUAUAACAUUGGACAGAGGAGAUGAUAUCACACUAAAUUGUGCUACAACUGCUGGUCCUCCUAGUAAUAUUAUGUAUGAUUGGUAUCAUAAUGCAACACAGAGUGUUUGCUGCCCUUUUGGACAAGAUGCUAACAUCACUG